AUGCUACGUUCUAAUCAAGACUUAUACAGUCUACAACGAAUUUCGGAAUUAGAAUACGCGGAUGGCAAUGGAGCCCUUGGUCACUUAUUCAAUAAUUUCACGAAUGCCUGCAACCGAUUCGGUCUAACGGUGAAUAUUGAGAAGACCAGAUUCCUUGCCCAGCCGGCUCUAGGAUUGCCAAUACUUCCACGCCACACCUUGUAUAGCGAGUUGACCACUGGAAAAACGCGUGAACGCCCUUUACAAAGAGACAAAGAUCAGCUGAAGUCGUACUUGAAAGUAUGUAGUAAUGGAAAACAGGAGACAACAGAGAAGGGCUCCCCUUUUUCAGAAGCAAUAACAUGCAGUUUCUAUAACCGCAAAUUGCGUGGAUUCAGCGGCGGAAACGGAGGAAUCGGAGGCGGAGCUGGUGUAGUCGCCGGUGGAUUCGGGGGAAAUGGAGGCGCUGGAUUCAAUGGCGGCCACGGAUUUGGUGGAAAUGGAGGCGCUGUAGUUAGUGGCGGAAGCGGAUUUGGAGGAGCUCAUGGUGUAGGAGGAAAUGUCGGAGGUGGAGCUGGAGGAGGAUUUGGAGGUGUAACUGGUGGCGCUGGCGGUUACAGCGCAGGUAAUGGUGGAUUUGGAGGUGGAAAUGGCGGUUUUGGCGCAGCUACUAGUGGUGUUGGAGGCGGAAAUGGCGGUUUUGGUGCAGGUAAUGGCGGUUUUGGCGGUGGAAAUAUCGGCUUUGUCGCAGGUAGUGGAGGUUUUGGCGGUGGCAACGGCGGAAUUGUUGGAAGCAGUGCCAGCUUUGGAGGUGUUGGCGGGGGUAAUGGAGACUGCAGAAAUAUAGUUUUACCGAAGGAUGUUGCGCCCCCUUACACUGACCGAUUGUCCAAUGAGAAGAUCCUCAGAAAAAAAUCGGAGAAGAACGCGACCGUCUAG